AUGACCGAGGCCACAAAAGCUGUCGGAGCCACUUCUACACUCUACCCGCGUUACUGCUUCCACCUUUCGCCCACCGUAAAUACCUGGUGUCUGCUGCGCGCCGCCGAGGUCCAUGCUCUCGAUCAACAUGCCGGCUUUGAAGGGGAAUGCUUCUUCUUUUACCGAAAUCUCCCGAUCAAAUGGGUGCGUGUCGUUGGCAUCGUAGUUGCCAUCGAGCAGUACGCUCAACGACGAAUCUACGCCAUUGACGACAGCAGCGGCAUGAACAUCUCCGCAGUGGUUACACUCCCAGCUCCUGCAAAGGCAAAGAACGAAUCGACGACUGCCGGCGAACGACCUACCAACAAUGAUGCGCAAACUACAGACGCGCAAGUGCCCGAUCCGUAUGCGGACAUUGACGUGGGAAUGGUCGUCGAUGUGAAAGGGGGUGUGUCGUCGUUUCGUGGCGAACGGCAGAUGAACGUUGUCAAGAUGGUCAUUGUGAAGGGCACGGCGCAGGAGGUUGCGCUCUGGGAGAAGCGGGCGAAAUUUCGGCGCGAGGUUCUGGAUGUGCCGUGGGUGCUUCGCGAGAAGGAUGUGCGUCGAUGCCGUCGGGAGGCAGAGCGAUCUGAGGCCGAGGCCAGGGCCGAGCAGAAGAGGGCCGAGCAGAAGAAGGCGAAGAAGUACAACAUGGACAAGGACAAGGACAAGAGCAAGAGCAAGGACGAUGCUGCGAAGAGGGUGCAGAGGAUGCUCCGGGAGGGCGCGUCAAGUGGGAGAUUCAGUGCUCUUGGAUUAUGA